AUGGAGGUUUACUUUCGGGUUGAAACAAUUGUGAAGUUCACAUGGACCAUAGAAAAUUUCUACGAGUUAGUAGAAUGCAGGGAGCUCCACUCCGAAACCUUCUUCACUGGGUCCUAUGCAUGGCGGAUUAUGAUAACCCCAAAAGCUGCCAACACCGGAAAAGGCUUGUCAAUUUAUUUGGAUGCUGUGGACAUUGCUAAUGCCAAAACCAGAUAUGCUGGUUUCAAGUUGUCUCUAAUUAAUGAAUUCUGUCGCAAAAAGACCAAAACUAGGACAAAGAACAAGCACUUGUUCAGCUCAGAGAACGUUAAAUUUGGUUACAAAUCGUUUAUAUCUUCAGAUGAAUUUCUAAGUCCUAACAAUGGGUUUCUUGUGGAUAACACAUGCACAAUUGUUGCUGAGGGUCUAUGCAGAAUAGAGAAAGAGUUUGUUCAAUUGUUGGAAAAAGUAUGUUCAAAGCGUCCAAAUCUUGUUGAAAGCCAUAGGAAGAGGAACAUGAGUCAAAAGUUCAAUGAAUGGUCAUUCACAAUAUUAGGGAAAGUGUUACAAUUUCUUAAGACUAAGAAAGUAAAGGACAUGAUGAAUGAUGAUGCUUGUAAAGAGCUUCAAGAUUUGUGGGAGGAACUUGAGAUAGCUAAGUUUGAUGAUUUGAGUUGGUUGAAGGAACAUGUUGAAUCUGCAUUGGGUAUGAAGAAUCAUAUGGAGAGAGGGAUGAAGGUGAAAAGGCUUAAGGGUAAUGUAGUUGCUCUAGAGGGUGAGGUGAAGAGCCUCAAAGAAAAAAUGAUUGUUGCAGAGAGAGAUCUUGAAAAAGCAAGAAGUGAAUUAGUGAAAGAGGAAGAAGGCUUUGUAGCUAGAGAUUUGAAUGAUGAACUAGCAUGCAUGUGA